AACCAAGACUAGAACCGGACCGAACUGGGUCUACAGCAUCAGGAUUAAACUGGACUCACACCAGGACCCAACAAGGACAAGUGUGAGCGUGUUCUUAAUGUUCCAAAACUUAAUAACUGUGAAUGUAAUUUCUUCAACUUUUAUUUAUAAGCUUUGUUUGAUUGGAUAAAUAGAAAUACUGACCAUAAAGUACCAGCGCACAACUGAUUUUACACACAACAAACGUGCCCUCUCUGGCUUGUGUGGGGCCUGUAAGAGUUUCUUUGUUUGGGGUUCAAAAUUAUGAAAACAAUGGACAAGCAGGAACACACAUAUCUCUAUUAUUUAGUUCGCCACUGUCAAUCAACCUGCUCCUCUGAGUCCCCGGUCCCGCCUCCAGGCGCGUCUCGUAGUCCAACUGUAGUCAUGUGAUCACGGUCACGUGACCGCUGUGUUUCAUUCAUAUGGAGGUUCCCGGUGCCCACAGUGCGCUCAGUGCUCUGCCCCGUGUCCUGCUCCGUGCCCCGUGUCCUGCUCCGUGUUCUACAGCGCAGCCCUCGCGGGAAUCAGGACCAUGGCGGAGGAGAUGACCGAGACAGAGGACGCACUUGUCCGGGGACUGUCCCUGCUCGUCAGCUUGGGCAGAGUUCUGCUCCAGAAAGCCAAAGAUGAAGCUGCAGAGUCAGAGGGAUUUUUGCCCUACAAAAUUACCACAAUGUUUGGCCUGAUCACUGGAGGAACUACACUAUUUAAAAACCUUGGAGUGACAAAGAAGAGUGAAGCGGAGGAGCUCUGGAAAAAGUUCUACCAUCGAGAAGCAGUGAGGGAACAAGUGGACGCCCUUCUACAGCUGGAGACUGAAUGGGAUUCAUUUCUGGAGCAUGUAGACGAGGGCCUGCUAUCUUCAAACAGACAAGUGUUACCCAUAAACACCACUGAGAGCCUGAGCCCAGACACAGCUCUCAUCGAUGCCCGCACUGCAAAAAAUGUGACCCUGGGUGAGUUUUUGACUCCUGGAAAGAAACAGCUGCUGGUCCUGACCCGACAUGUGGGAUGACUACCGUGACGGGACCACGUGGCCGAGCUGGAGGCCAAACAGGCGCUCCUUGAGGCUCGGUCAGUGCAGGUCCUGGUCAUCUCCUUCAGUGUGCUGGAGGGGGCCCAGAUUUGGUUGGAGCAGACUGGAUGCAAAUUCCCCAUGUUGCUCGACCAACAGAGAAAUCUCUACCGCACCUUUGGCCUGGUUUCGUCCUACUCUAAAGUGAUGAGAUUUGGGUGCCUGAUGACAUACUCAGAGUAUGGUGCUGUGGACAGAGACUUCCCUGACAUGCCAUCUCGUCUACUGGAGGAUCUUUAUCAGAUGGGUGGAGACUUUCUCAUUGAUGAAACUGGAAAUGUGAUUCUGCAUCAUCCAUGUAAAACCCCACUGGACCGACCAUCUGUGGAGGACAUAUUGAAGGCUGCAGACACGACUAGCACUUAAACAUGAAUUAAAACAGAACUGUUAGUGUACAAAACAGUGACGUGUCAGACAGAGCAGCUCUUGGCUCACUGAUGAAGUCACUCCUCCCACUCAUCUCUAUGAAGAGGUUUGACUGAUGUAAACAGUUGUGCAGCACAGACAACUACUGUCCCAUGUGUCACUGUUUUGAAACACUUCAUAGAAUCCGCUCAGGCUUUGAAAUAAUAAUUACUAAAACUAAUUUAAAUAGGUGUAUUAACUUUUAUAAUGAUAUGAAGGAUGAAUUGUCAUCUGUAAAAUGCUUGUUUUGUAUUUAUUGAUCUUUGAUCAAAUGUGAUUUCAUUAUGAUAAUGCAAUGUAAUAAUUAUUUAUAUAAAAAUCAUUGCUUUAAACA